UGUUGGUUCGUGACGCGUGUCUACGUCAUCAGGAUGCGCCGCCUCAGUGUUGACUUCGGCUAUCGAGCUAACGAGCUAAUGUGCUAGGCAGCCAGGAGUCAUUGCUGGUUAGAAGCCAGAGGUGCUGGGCACAACUGGAUCUUUUUGGUUUCCAUGGAUACCAAACCAUCAGGAGCCAGACCGGCCCGCAGGUCUCCACGCCUCCCAAACUCCAACUCCAACGCGCAGGGGAGAAGUGAGGAGCUGAAGGAGGCAAAGCGAAAAGGAAAGAUGGACCGAAGUAAGGGGGAAGAUGAGCUUGUAGCCCAACUCAAACACCUGGAGGUGUCCAGGUCUCUGGCCAGUGGAACAGGUUUAGUUCACAGCGAAGAAUUUACCCGUCACAACUGUCUGUGGGACCCCAGUCACCCAGAGUGUCCUGACAGAGUGACGGCCAUCAUGGAGGAGUUGGAGCGCCGUGACCUCCGACCUCGCUGCCUCGCCGUGGAGCCUCGUGAAGCCACGGAACAGGAGCUGCGGCUGGUCCAUAAGAAGGACUAUGUGGAUCUGAUGAGGAAGACUCAGACGAUGUCAGAGAAAGAACUUCAGACUAUAUCAGAAAACUACGACUCCGUCUACAUCCACCCUGACUCUUUCCGCGUGGCCUCUCUGGCUGUGGGCUCUCUCCUUGAGCUCGUCGACAAGGUCAUGACCUCUGAACUCAGGAAUGGGUUCUCAGUCUCGAGGCCGCCGGGGCACCAUGCCCAGUUUGACCAGGCUAAUGGCUACUGUCUGUUUAACAACGUUGCCAUAGCAACACGCUACGCCCAGAGACAGCACAGAGUGAAACGGGUGCUGGUGGUGGACUGGGACGUGCAUCAUGGACAGGGGAUCCAGUACGCCUUCGAGGAAGACCCCAGUGUGCUGUACUUCUCGGUCCACAGGUAUGAGAAGGCGGGGUUCUGGCCUCACCUGGAGGCCUCUGAUGGUCCUGUAGCCGGAUCAGGAGCCGGUCUGGGGUACACCAUCAACCUGCCCUGGAACAAGACUGGCAUGACUGAUGCUGAUUACAUCACUGCCUUUCAACACCUACUUCUACCCGUAGCAUAUCAGUUCCAGCCCCAGCUGGUUCUGGUAGCCGCUGGGUUCGAUUGCGUCCGAGGAGACCCCAAGGGGGAGAUGGAGGCCACCCCCCAGUGUUUCUCCAUCCUGACCCGGAUGCUGAUGGGUCUGGCAGAGGGGAGGGUCCUGCUGGCUCUGGAGGGAGGUUAUAACCUGCGGUCUACAGCAGAGGCCUCUGCAGCGUGUGUCAGCUCUCUCCUGGGGGACCCCUGCCCCCCCCUCUCCUCCUCUUCUCCUUCUCUCAGUGCUCUGACGUCGAUCUCUGAGACCAUCUCAGCUCACUAUCCCUACUGGAGCCGCCUGCAAGUCCUGGAGGGCGGCCCAUUGGCUGAUGAUGUGGUCAUUAGACACAAAGCCAAUGAGGAGCAGGUAGGAGAGACAAGCCCCUCCCCCCUGGGCGUCAUGACGACGGGCCUGGCCUACGACGAGAGAAUGAUGGAACACCUCAACCUCUGGGACAGGUGA